AGGAGGGCCACGCCCGGGUCGUGCUCUUUGAACAGUUACGAGAUAGGUCUUGGCAAGUUAAAGAAGGAAACCCUAAGCGGCCUCCAGCCCUUCUGCCUGCCCCUCCUCUCCAAAAGUACACAGAGCACUGGGCAGAAGAGAUUUGGGGGAGGGAGACAGUUGGGUGAAGACAGAAGACGGGAGCGGAUCGGCGGCACCGGACCCCUCAGGAAAGAGUGGCAGGGGGUAGCCUCAGAAACUAGCGGGUGCAGGAAGGGGAGGGACUUGCCGGGGGUGAGGCCCCAGCUUUGGCUCCGGGGUUUGAUCGGAAAAGCUGCUUCACCGUUGUAUGUACUGCCCCUUUCCUCCCUUCUUUCUCUCCCUUCUUCCCCUCCAGUCACCGCUGCACCCUCUCUGAGAUCUGCAGCUGUCACCAUGUCUCAGCCCGGCAAAGGCAAGAAGCCCGCAGCCUCCCCUCGGCCCAAGCGGGCUGCUGCUGCCCGGGCAGCCGAAGCGCAUGUUUAUGAAAAAAACAGUGGAACCCCCUCCAAGGCAGGGGAGAAGAAACAAUCUGAAACAGCUGAGGAAAAACCAGCAAGUCACAGUAGCAGUCAUCCCUCCAGGAUAUCUACAAGUAGAACAGCCCCUACUAAGGCACCUACUUCCUUUCCUGCUUCAACCAGUAAUCUCAGAAUGAAUCCCACAGAAACCAAGGCUAAAAAAGAAGAAACUGAAGAAAAAUCACAGUCAACCAAGGCUGCUGAACCUCAUGUGAAAGAUGCUCAUGAAGAAAAGGAAAAAGAGGACAAAAAGCAAAAAAGCCUCUCUAAGCAGUCAUUGGCCGCAGAAACUAAAGAUUCUCUUGAUGGAAAAGAGACCCUCAAGUCCACUGACCAGCCAACACCAGGGAAACCAGCAGAAAGCCCCCAGAACAAAGAAAAUAAAUCCCUGCCUGUAUCUGCACCAGUAAAAGCUGAAUCCAGUACAACUUCUGAAAAGAGUUCCUUAGAUGAUGCUUUAGAUGAUUUGGUAGACACAUUAGGAGGACUCGAAGCAAAAGAACCUGAAGGUCCAGAAUAUACAGGACCUCCUGUUUCGGAAACCCUUUAUUCCACUUACAUAGAGGAGUUGGGCAAAAGGGAAAGCACAAUUCCACCAAAAUACAGAAAGCUAUUGGAAAGUCAUGAAGGAGCAGCCCCAAGUCCAUCAGACUAUGAGAAGCCAAUGGGAGAGGAUGAAGCCCUUGAUUCCCUGUCGUCAGAUUUCACUUGUAAAUCUGCAGCUCCAGGGAAGGAAACAGAUAAAGAGAAAGCUUCAGAAGGAGAGGUUUUAAAAGCCGAAUCAGUAAACCUCAUCAAAAGUGCUAUUCCUCCAGACGAGAAGAAACGGCGGAUAGAAGAGUCUUAUUCAGAGAAAGCCUCCACACAAGCUCUAGAUGAUCUUUCUGACAUGCUUGGAAGCCCAGAACCUGAGCCUGAGAUAGAUACAAGUUCCUUAAAAGAAGUUGAUGAGACAAAAUCCAGAGAAGAAAGACUGAAGAAGUGUGGUGAACGUGAAGAUACCCUCCCAACUGACUACCAGUUAAAACCAGCAAUGGAUAAAGAUGGGAAACCUCUAUUGCCAAAGCCUGAAGAAAAACCUCAGCCUAUGAGUGAAUCCAAACUUGUUGAUGAAUUAUCCAAAGAUUUUGGAAGUUCUGAACCUCAAGGAAAACAACCUAAACCAGCUGACAAAAGAAAAAAAUCUGAGACUCCAGCCCAUGCUCCUGUUAAAGAAGUUGUUUCAAAAACCUCCAUGUGUGUUGUACAAGAAGUGCCUCAAAAGCCUCCUGCAAAGCCCGGAGAAGUGCCAGAUGAUGCUGUGGAAGCCUUAGUCGGCAGUCUCGCAAAGAAAGAAGUGGAUCCAGAAGAAAAGAAACCUGCAGUGGAUAAAGUAAAGGAAAAAUCCAAAGAAGAAAAGCGGGAAAAAGUAGGUGAAAAAGACGACACAAUCCCUCCUGAAUACAGAUUAAAAGUAAGCAAGGAUGAAGAAAGAAAACUGCUUGACAAAAAACAAAGUGAAAAAAUUGCACCUAGGAGUGAAGAUGACCUUCUAGAUGAAUUGUCAGAGAGCUUUACAUGUUCCCAAGCACCUGUAACCCAAGCAGCAGUAUCUGUAGCACAAGUAUCCAAAGACAAGAAACAUUCUACUGAGGCCACUGUGAUGGCUGACCCCACACCAGCUCCUACAACAGGCUCUGCAAGUCCACCUGAUACCUCACAAAAAGAUGAGGGGCUUGAUGAUGCAUAUGAUCAACUCUCUAAAUCCCUUGGGGAAAGAAAACCAGACCCUGAUGACAAGAAGCCGAUGGAGGAUAAAGUAAAGGAAAAAGCUAAAGCUGAACAUAGAGAGAAGUUGGGAGAAAGAGAUGACACCAUACCUCCUGAAUACAGGCAUCUUCUUGAUAACAAUGACAAGGGUAAUCCAGAAAAGCCACCACCCAAGGAAACCAAGAAUUCUGCAGAUGGUGGGGACCCCAUUGAUGUCCUCUCAGAAGGAUUUGACAAUUGUUCCCAGACUCCAUCUCCAGAAGGUCCACAGAAAUUGGCAAAGAAAAAAAAUGAAAAGGAAGUUUCCAGCACUAAACCUGCUAAGACUGGUGGAAAAUCCAAGACAAAAGAGAAAUCUUCCAGAUCAAAAGCUGAUGGAGAAAAGACAAGUUAAAAGUUCAGACUACUGGGCUAUCUGCAUAUGCUAUAUGCUAGAAAAUCUUCAUUCAAAUGGUGGAUGGUGAUUAAACAAACCAAAGGAUCUUGCAACAGAAAGCAAUUAUUCAGGGUGGCUUUUGUACAGUGGUAUUUGUGGAGUCUUUUGACAUUCUGAAAAUUUUAGUUUCAUGUUCUUUUCAAGAAAAUAACUGGGAUAUGUCUUGGUUGCCCUGUAUUAUUGUAAUAAGCAUUGAUAAACUUUUUUUUUUAUUUUCUUCAUUUGGGAGGUAAAGGAUGCUUUAUAUUUUUAAGAAAUAUAUUUCAUAAAAAGUUACUUCUGGCAACCAAAAAAAGUCUGCAAACUUUUGCACAUAUUCAACACACAGUGCCUGUUGAUCUUAGUAGAUUUCUUCCGGUUUUCAGUAUUUUUGAAAACAUUUGAAAAAUGCUUUCAAUGUUCUGGAAUGUUAGCAUUGUUGGUUGGGCAAUACUGGACAUUUCCUUGAGUGAAUGACUAAUAAGAAUUCAUAGGUCAAAUAUGGAAUAUUGUAUAAGGUGCACACAUCUCCACCAUGGCUGCUGAUAAUAAAAGAACAAUAAAGACCCUGGAUAGUACCUUUCUACAGAGCACUGAGCAAAGUGUAUCAUGUGACUUUUUUCUCCUCAAUUCUCUCCCCCCCCCAUCCCCAAAAGAAUCAGGCUUUCCUGGGUUUGCAUGACAAAGUGAAACAUACUGAGGCUUGGAUGAGAAGAUCAUUACCAGAACAGAGGGUGGGCAGUUCCUGUCACCCCAUGGCAAGAACAGACUCAGAGCUGAAGCCAAGCACAAAUAGAAAUAAGAUUUUGAAAUGCAUAUGUGCUGUUGAUAAUUUGCCUUUGUUUUUAUAUUCAGUUCUGCAUGUCGUUGGAGAUGAAUGCAGGUGUCUGUUCUUUACAUAAGACUUGAAAAUAGUUUUUUUAAAGCAAUAUUAAAAUGUUAGUCUUUGCACUGUACAGACUUUGUGGAAAUUAAGUUUGCCAAAUAAGGACAAAAAUAAUUUUGCUGCUUAAAAAACACAUGAAACUUGGUGUUUUAUCUCUCUACAACAAUUUAAGUCGAGCUCUGAUGUUUUAGGACAGUGUUUUUUCAAGCGAGAAACUCAAAGGAACUGUUAAGCAUCCUGAGGUGGAGGGUUGGGUUGGGUUUGGGUUUGAUGACCCUUCUGUUGAUAUUGAGCAUUAAAAAUAAUCUUAGAAGGUUUUAUUACAUGGGUUCUUACAAAGUUUUGUUUAGGAUUGUACCAUUGGAAAAAAGUCUGAGAAUCACUCUUCUGAAGGUAUGAGUGAGUGGCUAAUAAAAUGUUUUGAAGGCAAA